GGUGAAAAACUUAACUGUUGGUAGGAACAAUCAUUGUGGUAUUUACUUGUAAGGUUAUCUAUGCCAGCGCUUAUGUGCACAAACCCCAAACAAAAUCAAACUCUAAAGCGCUACGUCUGGAUGUAAAUAAUGGCACGAAUAACCAACAGUCGAUGGAAAAAUAUUCUUAGUUCAGAAGUUUUGCAGAAUCGUAGAAUCACAUAUUAGAAAUAAACGGAGUAACCGCUGGAAUAAAUACUAAUAUCGUUAUUUAAUACCAGUUUUGACAUUUGGAAAAUAUUAGUUAUUUUGAAAUAUGCUGCUAAAUUUAGCGAUAUCUGAUUUUUCAUUUUGUUGAGAUUGCACUCUUGGUCGUGAUCAUAUGAUUCAUGCUUCUACUCAUCAUGAUGGUGUUAUGUUGUGUGAAUGACCGUAGUUUUGAAAAAGAAUUGUAUACAGGUAUUGAAAAGGGCUGAAAAUGUCUUGCGGCUGGCUGAUUGCAAAGUGGUCUAAACAGCAAUGAGACGUAAAAUGUUAAAUUACGUCAUUUAUGAAGGAUUAUAUAAAAUUUUACUUUCUGCCUCGUAACGUUUGUCAACCUUAACCUUAAUGUUGGAUAUUUGCUUGUGAAUUCCGUACAUAAAUAUGUAUGUGGUGUUGGGCGGGGGAAUAGGUGGCUUGUCAGUAGUCCACUACUUGCAGAAGUCAAGUUUCAAGAAUGUUAAAUUGAUUGAAGCGAGCAGUCGUGUUGGAGGAUGGAUAAAGACAACAAAGACACCUGAAGGAUUCGUUUUUGAGCAAGGGCCUCGAACUGUGCGUCCAAAGGGUGUAGCUGGAGAAAAUACUUUAGCAUUAAUUGAAGAUCUCGGUUUGGUCAAUAAAGUGAUGCCCAUUCAAUAUAAUCAUCCAGCAGCCCAAAACAGACUUAUAUAUGUGAAUAAGGCAUUGCAUACCCUGCCAUUCAAUAACAUUCGUUCAUUGUUGGUUACACAGACUCCAUUUACAAAGCCAUUAAUAUGUGCCUUGUUUCAGGACUUGAAAACACCGAAAAAGUUGGUUAAAGAUGAAAGUAUCUAUGAUUUUGUGGAGAGGCGUUUAGGAAAGGAGAUUGCUGAGUAUGCUGUAAAUCCUUUAAUAUGUGGUGUCUGUGCUGGAGAUGCAAAAGAAAUAAGUGUCAAAUUUCUAUUGAAGUCGUUAUUUGAGGCAGAACAAACAUAUGGAUCAAUAGUAAAAGGGAUGCUUAUGAGCAUUUUUAAAAGAAAACCCAGUAGUAUAUUCCAAACUAAGUGUGAACUUUUCAAGAGGGCUGAAAAGGAAAGGUGGAGUGUUUGGUCAUUAGAUGGUGGACUUGAGCUUCUACCAGAAACAUUGAGAAUUAGUAUUAAAAACCAGCAAGCUGAUGUUCUGCUUAGCUGUCCUUGUACUGAAUUAGUUUUUCAAAAUGGAAAAGCUGUAGUAAAAGUCAGUGAGAAAAUUUUUGAAUGUGACCAUGUUAUUUCUUCUCUACCAGCAAAACAGUUGGCACUGCUUCUAACUAAACAACACCCAGAGUUAGGUAAAGAACUGUCUUCCAUCCCUACAGUCUCUGUUGUAGUUGUAAACCUUCAGUUCAAGGGUAGACUGUUAAAAGAAAAUGCAUUUGGGCUUCUUGUUCCCUCAUCUGAGAAACUACCCAUAUUAGGAAUUGUAUUUGAUACAUGUUGUUUUCCAAAGGGUGACAAUACUGUUUUGACUGUAAUGAUGGGUGGAAGGUGGUUUGAUCAAUUCUUUGGGAAUGAUCCUUCACCAGACAAGCUUCUAAGUACAGCAGUACAAUAUGUACAUUCAAUUCUUCAUAUAUCAGGUGAUCCUCAGGCACAUGAGGUGUCAUUGUUACGUAACUGCAUUCCACAGUAUGUUCUUGGACAUUAUGAACGAAUAGAAAGGAUUAAAGCCUAUGUGAAUGAGCAUAAUUUACCUCUGUCCCUUGUUGGAGCAUCAUAUGAUGGUGUUGGUAUCAACGAUGUCAUAUUGUCUGCAAGAACAGCAGUGAAGAAUUUAAUAAAAAUAUUCAAUGAUGGUGAAGUAAUAUAAGUGAAUUUGUGAAAUUAUGUCAUAUUUGUAUUGUAAAUAUUCCAACUGCAGGAUGUUCUUAAUUAUAUAGAAUACUUGUAUAAUUUGUGCCUUCAUGUGUCCAUGUUAUGUACAUAACAGAUGUAAUUAGGGUAAGUGAAUUAUAAAACUCCAGUUUAAAAAUA